CCCAUAUAAUAUCAAGCUUGACGUUCAAUCAUGGACGGUGGCCGCUACAAAUUCCCGUCAGACCCGAUCGCCGACCCGAGAGCCAUUGUGACUGGGGGCCGGAACAGCAAAUACCGCUUCACUGUGCUCACGAGCAGACUGCUUCGGUAUGAGUGGUCCGAGGACGGGGGCUUUGAAGAUCGUGCCUCCACGCUUGCUACCCGCCGGCGGUUUGAGGUGCCGGAAUUCCGAGUCAUUGAUACAGACGGCCAACUUGAAAUCGUGACGGAUUUUUUUCAUAUCGUUUAUGAGAAGAAGGAAUUCUCGGUCGGAGGGCUCAUCGCGACCGUUGGAAAAGAGACGUGGAGAUAUGACGGAGAGGACUAUGGUAAUCUUGGAGGCACUGCCCGGACUCUCGACGGAAUAGACGGCCGCAUCAGCCUAGAGCCAGGAAUCCUAUCCCGAAAACCAUAUGCAGUGUUGGAUGACAGCAAAUCCACCGUGUUCGAUGAUUCGGGCUGGGUUGCACCGCGGGUGCUGAAUCGACAGGACGGCUAUCUCUUCGCAUACAAUGGCGACCACAAAGCGGCGAUCAAGGACUUCUAUCGUCUCUCGGGAAGUCAACCUCUACUUCCUCGGUGGGCAUUAGGAAAUUGGUGGUCGAGGUACCACGCGUAUUCCUCAGACGAGUAUCUAGCCCUGAUGGACCACUUCAAGAGCGAGGACAUCCCGUUGACUGUCGGUGUCCUUGAUAUGGACUGGCACAAGGUCGACAUCCCUCCAGAGUAUGGUUCAGGGUGGACGGGAUACACCUGGAACCGCGAGCUGAUUCCGGACCCCGAGGGUUUGCUCCGAGAUCUACACCAAAGAGGACUCAAGGUCACCGUCAACGACCAUCCAGCCGACGGUAUCAGGGCGUUCGAGGAUCAGUAUACAGCUGUCGCCCAGGCGCUCGACUUCGACACAUCACACGAAGACCCUAUCAGAUUUGACUGCACCAGCAAAGCAUUCAUGGAUGCGUACCUUGACGUGCUCAAAUACAGCCUCGAGGCACAAGGGAUCGACUUCUGGUGGGUUGAUUGGCAGCAAGGGAACACGUCUAAGAUCCCAGGCAUCGACCCGCUCUGGGUCCUCAACCAUUACCAUUACCUGACCAGCCAGAGGAAUCUCAAGUCCUUAGGACAGCCCCUGGCCUUCUCCCGCUUUGCUGGGCCGGGGUCUCACAGAUAUCCCAUCGGCUUCUCCGGGGACACCAUCAUCUCCUGGGCGAGCCUCGACUUCCAGCCCGAGUUCACUGCCACAGCGUCCAAUGUCGGUUACGGUUGGUGGAGUCAUGAUAUCGGUGGCCACUACUGGGGCUCGCGGUCGAACGAGCUAACGGCACGAUGGGUGCAGCUGGGAUGCUUCUCGCCAAUCCUACGCCUGCAUUCCGAGAAGAGCCAGUGGAACUCGAAGGAGCCUUGGAAGUAUGAACGCGAGGCGUACGAGGUCAUGAAGGAGUUCCUCAUCUUUCGCCAUCGGCUGAUCCCAUUUAUCUACACCUUGAACGUGCGGGCCAGCUAUGAGAACGAGCCGCUCGUCCAGCCCAUGUACUGGAACCACGACGAAGAAGAGGCGUACUCGGUGCCCAACCAAUACUACUUCGGGCCCCAACUAAUCGUAGCCCCCAUCACAUCCCCGCACAGCCCGGCGACUCUCCUGGGCGGGGUACGCACCUGGCUGCCCCCGGGCCGAUACGUCGACAUAUUCCAUCCCGGCCUCGUCUACGACGGGGGCCGCAACAUCCGGAUCCACCGGAUCCUCUCGGAGAUACCAGUCCUAGCCAAGGAAGGGACGAUUCUGCCGCUGGACGCCUCACCCAUCGUGGGUCACGGCGCCCACACUCCGACGGACAUGGAAGUCCUGCUCGUCGUCGGCGCAGACGCGACCUUCGAGCUCGUGGAGGAAGACGAGUCCGAGGCGCCGCGCGUCCGGCCGUCCCCGGAAUCCUUUGUGCGAACGCCCAUCAAAUGGGAGCAACGAACGGGUAAACUGACCAUCGGACCGGCCUCCAAGCCCUCGGCGGGACGUCGGAACUGGACCGUCAGACUGGUCGGGCACACCUGCGGCAAUGCCGUCCUGGCUGGCUCGGUGAUCCGCAAGGAAAACCACAGCACGGUCGUCGAGCUAGGGGCCGUAUGCGCGGCGCGGGGCAUCGAGGUCGUGCUGGGAGGAGAAAGGGGGAAUCCGCAGCUGGACGUGGUGGACGUACCCAGCAGGCUGCACGAGAUGCUGCACCGGUGCGAAACAAACUACCAGAUGAAGGAGGUGGUCUGGCGCCUGGUCACGCGCGACGACGCGCCCCUGCAUGAGAGGACGGCGAGGCUUUACGGGCUGGAUGUAGAGGACGAGCUCAGGGAUGCUGUGCUGGAGAUCUGGUUUGCGGAUCGGAGAUCGUUGCGUGGGUCGUGUGGGGGUGGCGGGAAUGCUGUGAUGGGUCGAGCCUUGGGUUUCGACUGCGAGGAGGAUGGUUAUGUCUGGGUCUGAAGAAGCUUUGUGCCGUUGUUGAGAUAGAGAGGCUUUGUUCCGUAGGGACCAGGCUCGGAGAUUCUGGUGCGAGGUAGAAAAUGGUCG